AUGGCGUUCGAUGAAGACUGUAAUUUUCACUUGCAUAAAAAUUGCCCAAAAGCAGUAAGUCCAAGUUCGAAAAAAUGCUACAAGCCGUGUCUGAUAGCUCGCUCGAAGAGUAAUCGAGAUUAUGUUGCUGCUAGCAGCAUACCUCAUAACGAUGCGACUACGGCCGGUGAUAUUGGUUCUUUAGCAUUAUCAAGUGACGUCGUCGCUUCAUCGUUCGAGGAGUUAAAAGAUCAAAUUUUAUCCCUUCGCACGAUUAUUAUCGACUUCAAGGUCACUAGGAAGGUGGACAUACUAGCCGUAAAGGAGACGUGGCUUCGGGAGGGAGAGACGGGAUGCGCCCCUCAGGUGACGGGUUACAGGCUUCGACAUAUUAUAAUUCCCCGCCCACCGUCGGUUCGCACCCGCGGUGGAGGCGUAGGUUUUUACAUUUAUAAAAUGAUGUCUGUUCGUUUAUUGUCACAUCCUGCUGUAAAUCUAGUUGAACAGAUGUGGGUUUCUGCAAAGGAGCCAGAUUCACUGUGUAGCGGAACGUGUCAUCUCUGCGAUUCCAGCAGCAGCAGGAUAUUCAGCACCAUAGUCCUGAGCCACUUGUUGAAGUGCCUUAACUGCAAGGAUGCAUCAUACACUACUCUUACCUUUGUGGUAUCUUUAUCAUCUCUUAUCACAGCAUGA